AUGUCUCGCUUGUUUGAAACACUAAAGGUCGGGCGUAUGGAGCUCAGCCAGCGCAUCGCCAUGGCCCCAAUGACCCGGAUGCGCGCCGACACAAAUCACGUCCCUCUUGCCUCCGUGAAAGAAUACUACAGGCAACGGGCCGCCGUGCCCGGAUCGCUCCUCAUCACAGAAGCAACGGUGAUCAGCCCACAGUUCGGCGGAUACGCCAAUGUCCCGGGCAUCUACAACGACGCCCAGAUAGCCGCCUGGAAAGACGUCACCCAGGCCGUCCACGACAACGGGUCCUACAUCUACAUGCAACUGUGGGCCCUCGGGCGAGCCGCCAACCCUGGCUACCAGCAGCAACACGGGUUUGACCUGCUCUCCGCCAGCGACGUCCCGAUGAAGAGUGUAUUCAGCGACGAAACGCACUAUCCCAGACCCGCGACGGAAGCCGAGAUCCAAGCUGCCAUUGCCGACUUCGCCACCGCAGCAAAGAACGCCGUCAAGGCUGGGUUUGACGGGGUGGAGAUCCACGGCGCCAACGGGUAUCUCAUCGACCAGUUCCUCCAGGACGUAAGCAACCAGCGGACCGAUCGAUGGGGUGGAAGCAUUGAGAACCGUUCCAGGCUCGCGGAGGAGGUCGUCAAAGCUGUUGUCGAGGCUGUUGGAAACGACCGGACUGCCAUCCGGCUCAGUCCGUGGAAUACCUACCAGGGCAUGCGGAUGGCUGAUCCUGUGCCCCAGUUUACCGACCUUGUCAAGAAACUAGCAAAGUACAAGCUGGCGUACCUGCACGCGUGCGAGUCCGAUGCCAAGUCUAGCGGGGAUAGUUUGCAAUGGCUUCUUGAGGCAUAUGGCGAUGCAAGCCCAGUGAUCGUGGCCAAUAACUUCACUCCUGAGUCUGCGAAGAAGGCUAUCGAUGAGGAAUACGCUGGACACGACGUGGCUGUUGCCUUUGGCCGACCUUAUAUUGCAAACCCUGACUUGCCAUUUCGAGUGAAGGCGGGGAUUCCCUUUGACCAGUUGGAUCCUGCGACGCUGUACUCGCAGGUGCCGAAGGGAUACACAGAUUAUGUUUUCAGCAAAGAAUUUGAGCAGGUUCAAGUGGCGGCUUGA